AUGAGUAGUUAAGAUCUUGAAUUUGUGUAGGAGAAUUUGUAAAUUCUAAUCAAGAGUGUCUAAGAGCUAUAAAAUUAAUUUUAGGGGAAGGGUAAGGAAUGAUAUUCAUAUUUAGAGAACCAAGAACAAAUUUAAAUAGUAACUAUUGAUGCAUAUACAAAAUAUAGAAUAAACAAAAAUGUCAAAAGUUAAUAGAUGCAUUAACGAUCAAAUUUAAAUAAGGCAAAUUCAAUAAAUCUGAAAAUAUGACAAUUUAAAUUCUCAAAAAAGAAUAUGCCAAGGUACCUUUUAACAAUAACAUAUCAGCAACAAAAUAUUUUUAUUGAAAUCACAAAGUCAAUAAGAAAUCCCAAAUAGUUAAACUCAAAUGAGGGAAGAGAACUAGAAAUGCAAAAUGCGAGUAAAAUUAUUUCCUUAAUAAAGAGAAAAUUAAUGGAAAACCCACUUAUGUUUAUGAUGAAGAUACCAAUUAUGAUGAGGAAGAUUCAGGAGAAAAGGGACCAAAUUUGGAGUAAUUGUCAGAAAUGGAAGUCCAUCCCGAUAUUUAACAUAAGGCCAUGUUGAUUCAAGAGCAAUAAGAAGAAAUAGAUUGUAUAUUUGUUUUGCUAAGUAAGAAAUUCAAAAGGAUGCCUUGGAAGUUCUCAAAAUCUAAACUGAAGUGGCUCGAGUCGUGGUGGAUUAAGGUAAGAUGCUUGAUGUUGCUGAAAAUAACAUCAAUGUAUCAAACAAAAAUGUCAAAGAAGUAGUAGUUGAAUUAGAAGGAGUAAAUUUCAUAACGUUAUAUUCUUUAGGCAAAGGUAGAACACAAAUAAUACAUGAAAAAACUUGGUGGAGCUAUAUGCAUUAUCCUUAUUGUAGUGGCAGUUAUUGUAGUUUGUGUAAAGUUAAUAUGA